AUGUCAAAAGAUAACACGAAGAGAGAUGCCGAAUCCCUCAGCACAAGUACCUUUAACGAUCGUGCGACAACGCCGCUUGCACUUCGAGGAGCUGUAGAGCCAGGUGGCGUCGACGUAUCCUUUAAGGGUACCGUUCAAGAGAUUGACGCGCAAGUCCAUCGCAUCAACCCCAACUUCUCAUGGCGAGACUUCAAGCCCAGCCCAGGUCGCUUCUCUAAAUCGCCCAGAAAGCGCAGCCCAAGCAAAGUCCUCUGCCACGUGCAGGGCCUCCCGCCGGCGCCGAGGGCCGCGCUGGAGAGCAGCCGCGACUGGCUGAACGCGCUCGCCGCCGAGCUGUCCGUCGACGCCCAGCGCUGCACCAAGGUCUCGUGUGUCGCGGGCGCGGCGGUCUGGUUCUGCAACGAUAACCUGGGCUGGAUCCAGGAGGUCAGCCUCACGCUGGCUACGCACGUCGAUGCCAUCUUGGACCAGGAGGGCUGCGGGACGGCGGGGAACAGCAGCUUGGUGCAGGGGCAGUCGUUUGACAGUGAUAAUUAUAAUAUCAUUGUAAAUGGAGAUGAGUGCGCUUAG